AGCCUUGGUUUUUGGAGUGCAGAUCUAACCUCUGCCACUUAUCAUUCAAGCUAUGGGGGCAGCCACCUUUCUCAGGGCUCUGACUCUACUGAUACUCGCAGCUUCGGCCAUUUCAGAUCAUCACUACCUGAUUAUCUUCCCAGCAUUCAUUCAUUAUCCCAGUACAGAGAAGUUCUGUAUAUUUCUAGACUCCCUCUCAAAUUCUGUCCAUGUGUCAGUAACAUUACAGAUGAAGAUGCAGAACCAUACUCUGUUUGAGAAAGAUGUGAACGCACCAGGGACCUUUGAGUGUGCCAGUUUCCAGGUCCCAAAGUUUGUUCCCAGAAGCACGGAUUUCGGCUUUUACUAUGAAGAAGAGGUAGCCCAUGUUCAUGUCCUCAUCCAACGUGACAAAAGUGUAACAUUCAAAGACCAAAAGAAAGUUCUAGUCAAGAAUGCUAAUACAAGGACCCUGAUGGAACUAGACAGGCCCUUUUACAAACCUGGACAGAAAGUAAAGAUUCGCAUUGUAACGCUUGAUGAAAAAUUUAAAGCCAUUGAAGAAGCUAUCCCUUUGAUAAAGUUGCAGGAUCCUAAUCAUAACCGGAUUGCCCAGUGGGUGGAUGUGAAGCCUCUUCAUGGCAUUGUGGAUCUGUCUUUCCCUCUGGCCUCUGAAGCAGCUCUGGGCACAUACACCAUUGAGAUGGGAGAGAAGGUGGAAGAGGACAGUAGAAAACAAAGAAAAUUCACUGUGGAGGAAUAUGUGCUACCUAAAUUUGAAGUGUUAUUCGAACAUACACAGCUUGUCACCACUUCAGAUGAUGUCAUUCAUAUCAGAGUGCUUGGCAGAUACACAUAUGGGAAGCCUGUUCACGGGACUGUCCAUCUCAGUUUGAUUCGAACCCGAUCAUAUUAUUUCCAUGAAAGUGAAAGUACGAGAAAAAUGUUUGACAUUAAGCUUAAUUAUACAGGCCAGACAGACAAAACUGGAUGUGCUUCCUUUACUAUUAACACAACAGAUAUGAAACUACCUGAAAAAGGUUACGCCGGUACUAUUAAGCUUUCUGCAGAAAUGGAAGAGGAAGGAACAGGAGUGAAAGUCUCAGGAAAUAGCUUUAUCUCAGUGGUCAGCAGAGCUUUUGAAAUACAAUUCGUCAAACUCAAUCCAUUCUAUAAAAAUGGAUUUCCAUAUACUGGAAAGAUGAAAUGUGCUGUCAAUAAUGUACCCAUAAAGAACCAGACUGUGUACCUUACUCUUGAUGUUGAUGAUGUGGUAACUCAUAUUCCAUACAUCACUGAUGAGAAUGGGGAAGUUCGUUUCACCUUGGACACAAAAGAAUGGAAAAACACUUCAGUUGCUCUAUGGGGUAGGUAUUCCCUCUUAAAUGUAGCUCAGGAUGAUGUCGGUCUGGUAUUGAAUGAAGCUUUUGUCUGGCUGAAGCCCUUCUACUCUGAGAGUAACAGUUUCCUUGAGAUUCAGCAUGUGGAGGAAGAGCUGCCCUGUGGAAAGGAUCAGGAAGUACUGGUGGAUUAUGUCCUUGACCGCAAAGAGCUGGACCCCGAGGCUGACCACGUAGAUUUCUAUUAUUUGGUUGUAUCAGAAGGAAAUAUUGUCUCCAGUGGACAGCAACAGGUGCCAGUUGACCUGGAAGAUACACUCAAAGGCACCUUCUCCCUCACCCUGACCACCAGUUCUGACCUGGCACCCAUUGCCAAGCUUCUGCUGUUUGCAGUCUUCGCUGACGGCAAGGUGGCAGCUGACAUUGAUGUGUUCACAAUAAACAAGUGCUUCAAGCAUAAGGUGACAUUGGGCUUCUCUGAACAGGAAGAGCUUCCAGGGUCAAAGGUCAAUCUGCACCUAGAAGCUGCCCCUGGUGCUCUGUGCUCUGUCCAUGCUGUGGACAAGAGUGUUCUCUUGCAGAAGAACCAAACUCUGACACCAGAAUCGGUGUAUUUAUCUCCUUACCCUUACCUUGAAGCCAUGACUGCAAGAGGAUUUCACUAUCAUUUGGAAGAUUUUGAGCCCUAUCCUUGUCUUCCUUCAGAGAGUAAAAGACAAAAACGGUAUUUGGUAGCUCCCUGGUUUCAAAGUCAGGCUGACGUUUAUAGUCUGUUCAAGGAGCUGGGUAUGAAACUUUUCACCAACACCAGAGUUAAGAAGCCAGUGUCCUGUGAGCUGCACCCUCUUGACAAAAUCUUUUACGAUGAAGGACCCAUUCUAUACUCUAGUGAACCUGUAGAUGAUUCAGUAACCAACAGAAUGCCACAAGCUCUUGAUUCGGUCUCCAAGAAGGAAGAGGAAGCCAAACCUAGAACAUCCUUUCCAGACACCUGGAUUUGGGAUCUGAUCCCUGUCAACGAGGAAGGGAAAGCAGUUCACUCGGUCACUGUUCCAGACACAAUCACGGAGUGGAACGCAAAUGCAUUCUGUUUGGCAGACGUAGGCUUUGGACUCUCCCAGUUAACCUCGAUCAGGGUUUUCCAGCCCUUCUUUAUUGAUAUGACGAUGCCAUAUUCUGUGAUCCGUGGAGAGACUUUCCAGAUAAAGGGCACCGUCUUUAACUUCCUCGAGAACUGUAUCCAGGUGAGAACGACCCUGCUAGAGUCUGAGGAGGUGGAGGUGAAGCCAUGUCUGGACUGCCAGUACACCACCUGCCUGUGUGCUGAGGAGGCCAAGGUCUUCUCCUGGAAUGUGACGGCUACGCAGCUGGGGCGCGUGAACAUCUCAGUGAGCAGUGAGGCUGAGGAAACCCAGGAGUUGUGUGGCAACAAGAUCUCUGUCACUCCUGCGCGUGGCCGGUCAGACACGGUGAUAAAAUCAUUACUUGUGAAGCCAGAAGGUGUCCUUAAAGAAGAGGCCCAGAACGCAUUCCUGUGCUCUUCAGGAGAACCAGCUUCUGAGGAAGUUUUCCUAACAACGCCAGAAGCAGUUGUGCAGGAUUCUGGGCGGGCCAUCGUAACUGCCAUCGGAGAUAUCAUGGGAGCUGCACUAGAAAAUAUAGACGAGCUGCUUCAGAUGCCUUUUGGCUGUGGUGAGCAGAACAUGGUCAAGUUUGUUCCCAACAUCGUUGUACUCCAGUACUUGGAAAAAACCAAUCUGGUGACUCCGGAGAUAAAGAAUAAGGCAAUAGAGCACAUGAAGAGUGGGUACCAACGGCAGCUGCUUUAUAAACAUGACGAUGGCUCCUACAGUGCCUUUGGAAAGCAUGAUGAGGAGGGGAACACUUGGCUGACCGCGUUUGUGGCCAAGGCUUUUGGGCAGGCAAAGCCCACCAUCUACGUGGAUGACAAGCACAUUCAGGAUGCCGUGCAAUGGUUGGGGAAGCACCAACUUCCCAGCGGCUGCUUUCAAAGUGUGGGGAGGCUCUUCAACAAUGCCCUGAAGGGUGGCGUGGAUGAUGACCUCUCUCUGACAGCUUAUGUCACUGCCUCUUUGCUGGAGCUGCACCUAGAGAAGAACGGGAGCAUGGUAGAUGAUGCCUUAGUCUGCCUGAAGAGAAACCUGAGCUCUAUGAACAGUACUUACUCCAAGGCUUUGCUGGCUUACGUCUUCACGUUGUCUGGGGACAUAGAAAUCCGGCAACAGCUCCUCAGAGACUUAGAGGACGAAGUUCUCAAAACAGAUAUUGAGACAAUGGCCUACGUGCUCUUGGCUCGCCUUUCCAUGACGGAAGUAUCCACAGAAGAUAUCCACUAUGCCUCUCAGAUGAUGGGCAACCUUAAUAAAGAACGGAAUCCCUACGGAGGCUUUAGUUCCACCCAGGAUACUGUGAUUGGCCUGCAGAGUUUAGCCAGGUAUGCAGCCUUGACAUUCGUUGAGAUAGAAAAUCUAAAGUUGGUGGUAAAAUCCAGCAAAGGCUUCCAACACGAAUUCCAUGUCAACAAGAAGAACCGGCUGGUGCUGCAGCAGGCCUCCCUUCCGGAGAUCCCUGGUCAGUACAAGGUGGAGCUAUCAGGGCAUGGCUGUGUUUAUGUGCAGACUAUUCUUCGAUAUAACAGGAUGCCUCCGGAGUCUGAUGCUUUUGCUUUGAGAGUGGAGACAUCGCCAGACAAAUGCACCCAGAGUUCCAGGAAAUAUUUUGAGAUCCGACUUGAAGUGAGUUACACAGGCCGUCGAGAGGCAAGCAACAUGGUUCUGUUGGAGGUGAAUAUGCUAUCUGGGUAUAUUCCCGUAAAGAAAUCUGUAAAGGAGCUGCUAGAUAAGCCAUUGGUUAAAAAGGUGGAGUUUGAUCCUGAGAAGAUAAGCAUUUACCUGGAUCAGUUGGAUAAUAAUGUUCAAAGCUAUAGCUUCUUUGUGGAGCAGGAAACAGAAGUGUGGGAUCUGAAGGCAGCCAUAGUGAAAGUCUACGAUUAUUAUCAUCCAGACGACAAUUUGAUUACUGAAUAUAAUGCUCCUUGCAGUGCAGAGACUGCAAAAGAAGAUCACAACUAAUCCUCUGUUAGGGGAACGAACACUGGAGCUGCUGGAGCUGAUCUUCCGCCUUUGUAAUUCUUGCUUUCAAAGACUGUAAACCGGUGCAGGUGGACCCUGCGUGUUUCUCUGUACGUUUGAACUCAAGUUCUGCAUCCACAGUGGGAGCUCACCAGUUUCCCCUCCUGCCCGCAGGCCCCGCCCAGUUUGCUCCCUGCUGCGUCACCUGCUGCUCCCGAAGUUUCCCCGACUUUGGGUUGAUUGAGGAACGGUUGGCGUAAUGGAGGAAAGUUAAAACUUACCUUCCACUCAUGUAUGAGGAGAUGGGGAGAUGCUGUCAUUGCUCCCAAGACGUGACUUCUAAAAUCUUAGUUCCACUCCUUGCAAACACAUACACAUAAAUUGUGACAGCACUUCUGGAAGCACGUUUUGAGAGAGAAUUUGGUAUGUGAAAGGACAUGGAGAGUCCUUGCCUGCUUUUUUCUGACAAAACAUGGCUGGGAAUGGGAGCAAGAGGCUUCCCAGGGGUCUUCCGCCCUCCUGCCCACCUUCAGCCCUUCCCCAAAGGCCAUCACUGGACAAAAGAAGAAAUAUGCAGACAGCGGAUCAGAUUAGAAAUCUCAGUUCAAAAUAGGCAUUCGGAAAAUUACGGUGUCUGAGAAAGAGAAGCUACUGAAGACUGCAGGAUUGUUAUACAGUUUAAAUAAAUAUGCAGAUAUACUGUUA